GCUCCGCCCAGCCGCGCAGCCGCCGCUGGACCCUGCAGUCCGGGCCGGGAUUGGGGGCGCUGUGCCGGGAGCAAGCAGCCGCGCCACCACGCCUGCAAGCGCAGGUCCAGGAGCCCCCACCUUGCAGCGAGCAGGCCCCGAGGAACCGUAGCGAGCCCCGCAGGAGCGGGUGCCUCUAGGCCUCCAGAUGUUUGCAGCCAUCCAGCCAGGCCUGGCAGAGGGGGCCCAGUACCUGGGGAGCCUGCCUCCUGGAGUAUGCCAACCGGACCUCCAACCAGACAAUAAUUCCAACUUUGUGGAGAGUGCUAAGGAUGCCAAUAAGAACUGGCAUGGCAUGCCAGGCAAAAUGGAUCCCAUUCUGAUAAGGAGCUCCUCUGAGUCACCCUCUGAUAACCAGGUCUUCCAAGCCGUUGGGCUCCCUGAGGCCGGAGUCCGCAGUCCCCCGGAAGGUGCAGAGAUCCCUGGUGCUGAGCCAGAGAAGUUGAGUGGUGCCAGCAGUGUCUGCUCGCCUCUGGAGGACAUUGGCUAUGCCAGCAGUUCCUUGAGCAUCGACAGCUUUAGCAGCAGUCCAGAACCUGUCUGUGGCACCCCUCGAGGUCCGAGCCCUCUGGAUCCCCUUCUGCCCUCCGUGGCCCAGGCUGUGCAGCAGCUGCAGGCUCAGGAGCGCUACAAAGAACAGGAGAAGGAGAAACACCAUGUGCAUUUGGUGAUGUACCGUCGCUUGGCACUGCUCCAGUGGAUUCGGGCUCUGCAGCACCAGUUGGUUGACCAGCAGGCCCGGCUGCAAGAGAGCUUUGACACUAUCCUAGACAACCGGAAGGAACUUAUCCGCUGUCUGCAACAGAGGGAAGCACCUUGCAGGCACCAGGACCAGGGCUAAGGGUGUGCACAAGUGUGUAUAUUUGCAGGCUUAUGUGUGGUUAUGCACAAGGAAGUAUGUGAAUAUUAGUUGGCAUGCGUGCAAGUAAGCCUAAGUGAUUAGGUAUAUGCUGACAUGUAAGCAGGUAUGUAAGGCAUGUGUGAAUGGACUUGUAUGUGUUACAUGUUGCAUGUGUGUUUAUGUAUGCAUGUGUGGCUAGGUAUCCAGGAAUGUGUAUAUAUAUUCCCGAAUGUAGAGGCAAAAGAUAUAUGUAUGUGUGUGUGUAUCCGUUUAAAUGUACAGGCUUGUGUGGGUGUGAGUGAACCUCUGUGUGUUGAGACUUACAUGUUCCAGUGCUGGCAUAAGAAGCAUGUGCUAGGAACAUGUGUAUUUGCAGAGACUUAAGAGCAGGUAUGUAUAAAUAUAUGUUCAAUUGCACCUGCAGGGCGUCCACCCAUCCCCUGUGUUCCCAAAGUCUACCCUAGCCUGAUCCUCUACUGAGUCUCACCUCACAGCUUCCAGGAGCAAGAAGCCUAUCUCACUGUCAUAUAUCUGAGGGCUGUGGCUGAUCUGUUCUCCUGGAGUUUCCCAGGCUACCUUUCCUAUCCCUUCCCCUCCGAUCUUGCUCUAAGACUGUUGUCCCUAACGUUGGCUUUUUUUGUGUUUUUUAUCUGGGGUGGUUGCUUUUUGUUUGUUUUGCUUGUGACAUACAGUACCCGGGAUUGAACCCAGAGCCUUGUGCAUGCUAGGUAAAUGUCCUACCACUGAGCUGCACACCCAGUCCCGGUUCAGAGAUGUAUUGGCUGCACUGGCCUUCCUGUGCAUUUACGGUUGUUUGGCCAGGACGGUUUGUGGAGAAUUGGUAUCAAGGAGGGAACUGGCAUAAUGGUGGAGGCCGUGGCAGGGGUGGGAGUGGAGAUAAAGAAUGAUAGAAGAAACUGUCCUCUUAGCAGGGCUCUGGUGGUGCACACCUUUAAUCCCAGCACUUGAGAGGCAGAGGCAACUGGAUUUCUGAGUUCCAGAACAGCCUGGUCUACAGAGUGAGUUCAAGGAUAGCCAGGGUACACAUAGAAACCCAAACAAAACAAAAACAAGAAAGAAAGAGAGAAAGAGAGAAAGAGAGGAAGGAAGGAAGGAAGGAAGGAAGGAAGGAAGGAAGGAAGGAAGAAAGGAAAGAAGAAAAGAAGAAAGAAAGAGAAGAAACUUGUUUUGAACCCGGUCUUUGGCUCCGUGGGAGGUGAGGGUGGGAGAGAAUGACUGGUAGAACUCUCUGAAGAACAGGAGAAUUCCAGAACACACCCUCCUGCUCCACUGUGAGGAGAGGCUAAAGCCACACUGGUUUAAGCACACUGAACGGGACUGUGCGUAUAAGCGUGCAGGUCAUAGACCAGAUGCGCCAAGGCCAGGAGUUAGGGGACCUCCCUUCUCUCCACCGCUCCCUCGCUCUGCCUACCUCGCUUCAGCAGCAGUGAAUGUCCAACUGAUUUGGUUCAUUUUCCUCAAUCAGACUAUCCAGAGGACCCAGAACUCAGCUUUCCAAUCAGUCAAAGGACAGGGUCACUCCAACCUCCUGAAGCUCUUAGGAUACGUGGCCCCUAGAACGGGGAUCGGCAGGCCCCUAGGGAAGGCUUCAUGCCGCGGAAAUGAAUUCGUAUUGGGUGGAUCAAUAGGUAGUGGAGCCGUUUGUUUUGGUUCUGGGUGCAAAGAUAAUACAGGAUCCUAGUGGGUGAGGCAGUGGCUCAAAGGAGGAGUGGCAGCAGGUGACAGGGACAGCACUGAUGCUGUGUCUGGCCCGCAGUCUCCUCAUCUACAAAGUGAGGGCUCUUCCUCACUAUCUCCAAACAGUUCCAUCCUUGAUGUGUGGGUAGGUGAAAUGUGGACCCUGGGACGUCUAUACAGCUUGCAUGAUGGAUGUGAACCUGGCCUCUGGACCGAUCCAACAUAAAUAAACUAAGGCAGGAAAUUAAAU